AUGGGCCAACCAGCAUCAGAUCUAGAAAGGCGGGCGAAAGAGGCAAGCAAGGAGUAUCACGACGCCGUCUGCGGGCAGAAGCGGCAGCAUUGGGAUGAUUUUCUGGCAGAAGACUGCAACAUUUGGAAGGCGGCCAAGUACCUCAAGGCAGGGACGGGAGACGCGGAUGACAAGAUCCCCCCACUGAAGAGACAGGAUGGUACGGUAACGAGGGACAAGCAGGAGCAGAUGGGAGAGUUGCUCGGCGCCUUCUUCCCACCCCUACCAGAUGACAUUGAUGAUGAACAACAAGUCAGACCGCACCGAGCACCGGUGUCGAUGCCAGAACUAACCAUGGAAGAGGUGGAAAGGAAGGUCAUGGCAGCCAAGCCAUGGAAGGCUCCAGGCGUUGACGGAUUACCGGCAAUGGUCUGGAAACAGCUAUGGCCAGUCGUCAAGGAGCGAGUGCUGCACCUGUUCCGGCUGUCUGUCAAGGAUGGUGACCUGCCGAGGCAGUGGAGGAGUGCAAAGAUCAUCCCACUAAAGAAACCGAACAGGGAUGACUACACCGCAGCCAGGACUUGGCGGCCAAUAUCGUUACUGUCAACGCUGGGUAAGAUCUUGGAGGCCGUGACGGAGCGGAUAUCAUACGCUGUGGAAACGUAUGGCUUGCUGCCAGCAAACCAUUUUGGGGCCAGGAAGAGACGUUCGGCAGAGCAAGCACUCGUGCUCCUGCAAGAGAAUAUAUACAGGGCAUGGAGAAUGGGCAAGGUUCUCAGUCUCGUCAGUUUCGACGUCAAAGGUGCGUACAACGGAGUGUUUAAAGACAGACUGCUACAGAGGCUUGCGACAAGGGGACUGCCGGAAGAACUGGUGAGGUGGAUAGACGCGUUCUGCUCCGAGCGGACCGCCAGCAUUGUGGUCAAUGGACAUUGCUCCACUCAGCAAGAGCUCCCGCAAGCUGGCCUCCCUCAGGGAUCCCCUCUAUCACCGAUUCUCUUUCUCUUCUUCAAUGCAGACCUAGUACAAACCACGAUCAGCACGUCAGGUGGUUCAGUUGCGUUUGUGGAUGACUACUCGGCCUGGGCAAUUAUAGAUCGCGCUCUUGAAUGGGAGAGACGGAGCGGGGCUACGUUCGAGAGCGACAAGACGGACAUCAUUCACUUCACGCGAAUUGCUGAGCGGUCUAGCGAGCCGCCAUUUGUGGUUAAGGGGAAGACUAUCCAGCCUCAGGAGAGCACCAAGGUGCUUGGAGUGGUACUGGAUGCGAGGUUACGGUACAAAGAACAUAUGGCCAGGGCAGCCGCAAAGGGUUUGACGGCUGCCAUGCAUCUGAAGAGACUUCAUGGAUUAUCACCGCGCGCAGCCAGACAGCUUUUCACCGCCACCGUAGCGCCUGCCAUGGAUUACGCCUCGGCUGUCUGGACACACUCCUGCGGAGUAAGAGAAGUAUACUGGCUGAAUCGAGCACAAAUGCUAGGGGCACAGGCGGUAACCGGGGCAUUCCGGACGGUGUCGACAGCCGUAGCGGAAGCAGAGGCGAAUAUUGAACCGGUCGUCGAGCGGCACGCUCGGGCAGUGGCCAAGUUCUGGGUCAACACGCGCACUCUCCCACGAGCGCAUCCUCUCGCCAGCGGCGCAGCCCCUUACACAUGCCGACGAUUCACAUCACCCAUGCAGAAGAUGGCGCAGGUAUAUGGGGAAGCAACAGGUCAAAAGCUGGAAGUUAUUAGGGAGUACACGGUGGCGCCGUGGGAAGAACGCAUCCAGGUGCUCUGGGACGCAGAUCACGACGUAGCGACUGAAGCGGCGGUGAGGGCGCACGGCAUCCUGAUCGCUACCUGCUCUUCGCAGAGGCGAGGCAUGGUUGGCAUGGGAGGCUGCGUACGAGACACGAGAACUAACGGCGAGCAAGAAGUGCUGGCCCGCUAUUCAGUCACUUUCGGGUCGCGAGACGACCAGAAUCCAUACACAGCGGAGCUACAAGCGAUAGCCAUGGCUCUUCGCUGUAUGCCAGCAAAACUCCAGCACAGAGAGUUGGUCUUCAUCACCAGCAACAGGUCGGCCUUACAAGCAAUUGGUCAACCACGUCAGCAAUCUGGCCAAAGCACAAUGCAAGAGAUCUAUAAAUAUGCCAAGCUCCACCGGCAACAGGAUGUCUCGAUUCGCAUGAUGUGGGCUCCCACAGGAGCGGAAGGCUUUGCACUGGGGUCCAUGGCCAAGGCAGCGGCGCGAAAAUCAACACAAGAAAGGACGCUGCAUGGAGAGGAGCCUGUCCUCUAA